AUGAGCGCCGAGCCAGCGGGCGCGCAUGGACUGGAAUCGGACGGCGGAGAGGGACAGGAAAAGUGGCACGGGAUUCACGCGGAGGGCGAGUCGAGCGGACUCGUCCACUGCACCACGGGAACGGUGGACGAGGAGAAGAUGCACAAUGACAGCAUCCACCGUAUGGCUGUCUUGGAGGCGAGAUAUGCGGUCAAGAUGGGGAGGUAUCCUUGCUGGUAG